CUGCCUGCCCGAGACAGCGAGCGAUUGACUGACUGACUGACUGACCGACAGGCAGGCAGGCAGGCAGGCAGUCAUGAAUGCACCCAUUUCUCAAACAAAGAGACUCGGCCCGCCCACAUGACAGACAGACAGACAGACACCAAAUAUGACGAUUCAACAAACGUCUCACAGCGUUCGUUGCACAUACCGAUCGAUCACUGUGCAUUGCAAUCCACACAGUCUCGCCUCAGCUAGUCAACUCGUCACUUUACGCGAUGAAACCGAGCCAUCCUGAGGAGACAGACGUCUGAAGCAAUCAGCCAGCCAGCCAGCCAGCCAACCACUUUCUGAUUGUUGUGCAUCCAAUAUGUGGCCCUCGAGGCCUCUGUGUCUCCAGGUUCUAUAGGAAAGGUAUUGAAUGUCGGCGCAUUUCUGGCGUGCCUCGUGGGUGGCAGGCAGGUGUGUCUCUCUCUCUCUCUGUCUCCAUUUAGCGGAGCAAAAUCAUGUCUGUCCGCCUUCUACUCAGAACACCAGAACAACACCCACAAGCUGACGUCACAUCAGCUGCCUAAUGCGUCAGACACACCCACCAUGCCCCCAAUCCAGUAAGCGACAAAUAUGCCAUAAUGCCCUCCAAUUGUAAGGCCGCUUUGUGCCUCUUCAGCCAAUGACACAAACAACCACAACAGCAGCUGUCUGGCCACUAUGCUUAAUGUACAGCUCCCUCCCUCCCUGCCUGCCUCCUGUGUGGCCCGCUGGCUCAGCUCCCAUGCGCUUUUGGCAGGAGUUCGUCGCCUGGGCAGGGACCCUCGGCCGCCAGGGUGAUGUCGUCAUCCAGAUACUGGCACUGAGCCACCUUCAAAAAGCACUGAUUGCUGUACGUCACAUUGUUGCUGCCGCACACCGGCUCCCAGACGGCUAGACAUACUGUGGCACAGGCAUCUGACACACUCAACCAGAGAGAGAGGGAGACAUCGGCCGGGGCUCAGAUCAUGCCAGCCAGUGUGAGGCAGCAACGGUCAUGCAUGCCCACCGUCUUGCAUAACGAGACACUCUGGAUCCUCGGGUUCGUCGCACAUGCGCUUUGUGCAGCUGUCCUCGUCGAUCAGGCCGUCAUCGGUGCACUCGCACUCACCGCAUCCGUCGAACAUUGACACGCAGCCUUUGGGGCAUUCACGUGCCGUCGUAUUGUCAAAGUCGUCCACUGCAGACACAGGUCACACAUCGACAGACCAAGCAUUUCUGGUGUUCGCUGUCAUAUACAUCCCGGUGAUAGCACACCAUAUUCCAAACACUCCGGAGGCUCCAAGAUCUCUGGUGGGCAGAAUCUAAGAGUGCAGGCCGCGAGGUCGCUGUCGGGGUCGCAGUGGCAAUAAUUGCACCCAUCGAAAAACUGCCACACAUCCAAAUCCCUGCCUCACUUGUGUCCCCCCUGUGUGUGUGUGUGUGGAUGUAUGUGAUGUGUUGGGCUUGCCUGAAGGCAGCCUGGCGGGCAGAAGGGGGUCGUCAGGUUUUCAUCAGGCUCUGGGGUCGUCAGAUUCUUUUCAUCAGGCUCUUCGACUGCAGAUACACACGCGCCACACACCCACCACCAAAGCAACAAGUACACAACCACACGUCUGGGGCUCCCUUCAAUUUCGGACACUUUCGCUAACCGAACCUGUACACCUGGGCGGCUUCUCAGUCCCCGGUGGGCAGAACCUCAGUGUGCAUGCCUCCAGGCUGCCAUCUUCGUCACACGUACAGCUGUUACACCCGUCGAACCACAACAGGCAGCCGGGUGGGCAGAUGGGGGGCUGAAGGGUCACAUUGAGAGGCUUCUCGUCCAACGCAUCGCCGUCAUCGGGCCCGAUGAGGUCAUCGUCUUUGCAAGGAGGGUCGUCCUUGCCACCGCCUCUCUUGGUGUCUGUCUUGUUGCUGUCCCGAUGCCCGGCACCAGUGGCAUUCCGGCAACACAGGGUGACUCGAUCGUCGUUUGCCGGCGGUUCCUUGUUGAAAUUGAACAGGGACUCGCUCCAGAAGCCAAUCAGACGGGAGAGAGGUGCGAGGAAGGACACAUCGUCGUCUCUCUCCUUGUCGCUGCUUCUUGCCUUUUUGACACCAGCUCCGACGGCCGAGAGAGUGUUCGCGUCCACACUGAUGCAUUCCGCAAGUGAGCACUCCUGUGUAUCCUCCAAAGCCCCCGCAGCAUCCUCCGUCGUGUUGAGGACGUUCAGGGCCUCUUGCAAGUCCUGACACCUCUGCACAGGCUUGCCGUUGUGGGUGAGGUGCAGCGCAUUGACUCGGACGCAUGACGAGGCCUCCGCAGUCAAGGCGCUGCACGUGGAGAAGAAGAAGAGGCAAAUUCCCAGUCUGCAGAGGACACACAACAUCAACAAAGGCUGACGCGACAUUACGAAAUGUGACGCACCUUGCGAGAAAUGAGAGGCAGGUCCAGUUGGUAUCCGUGCAGCUUUGCAGGCGUACCCGCGGCGAAACAAGCGCGUUCAUCUUCUUCCACUUUCAACGGUCC